UCCAUCUUUUCUUUAUACCCGAAGGUGUUUGGCGUUGGCGGUGUUUCAGGAGGUCGCCAUGGAUCUUGAGUACCCAGAGGAGUUCUUGGGCGCUGGCCAUGAUCAUCACUCGCAGAUCGCCAAGGGUAAGCGCACGAAGCGCCAGCGGCCGGCCUCCCCGUGUGGCGCUAUGACCUCUUGCUCCUCGAGCGGCGGCGGUGGAGGCGAAGGAGGAGGAGGGGGGGAUAACGGCUCGGCUUUGUCCCCGUCGUCUUCCGGCGAUAACGUCGUCUACUCGAGCGCCGAGGAAGAAGAGGAGGACAUGGCGAAUUGCCUUAUCCUCUUGGCGCAAGGUGAUGGCCGUCCGAGCCGGAUUGGUUGCGACCACGAUGGCGGCAAGGUGGGGGUCUUCAGCGGCAAGAAAUUCUCCGAGGUGGUUGCCACUGCCGCCGUCGGGGGCGGCGCCGCGGCCGCGGCCACCGCGAGGGCCGGUUUCUAUGUCUACGAGUGCAAGACUUGCAGCCGCGUGUUCCCGUCGUUUCAAGCGCUGGGAGGGCACCGAGCCAGCCACAAGAAGCCCAGGUCCAUCGCCGAUCACGAUCAGAAAAUCAAGCCGUGCGCGGGGGUCGUGGGCUCGGACGUGAAUGAAGACGAAGGCGAGGGGCAGUUGGGUAAAAUCAGCCCGCCCCUCUCCAUCCACGUGGCCAGCCACAAGGGGCUCCAUCAAGCGAACAAGCCCAAGAUCCACGAGUGCAACAUAUGCGGGUCCGAGUUCACGUCCGGUCAGGCCUUGGGCGGCCACAUGAGGCGGCACAGAUCCGCUCCGUCGGCCACGACCACAAGUGCCGAAGCUACUGGUUUAACCGAGUUGCCAGUGGCAGCAGCAGCCAUCGCCGGCAGCGAGAAGCCGCGCAACGUGCUCUCUUUGGAUUUGAACCUACCGGCACCUCCGGAGGAUGAUCACCACCAUCAGCAAGCACACCGCCGCCGCGAGACCUCAAAGUUCCAAUUCGCCACAAGUCAACAGCCGAUCAUACUGGCGUCACCCGCCUUGGUGGAUUGCCACUACUGAAAAGAAG